UGGGCUAAUGAAAGCAAGAUGGUUUCUUAAAUAAUAUUGCUGUGUCUUGGCAACAAAGGGGUAGCCUGCAAGGCAGGUGAGCAGAAACAAGUGAAUUGUUGCACCACUGCGGAAACGUGAAGAAUAUUGCAAUCCUGAAAGAAGGAAACAUUUUAGAGGAUAUGUUUCAUAGAAGACUGAAAAAGGAGAUGGGAAGAAACAUCAAGGCAUUUGAAAUAGUACUGGAGCUGAGUAAACUUAACGCUUAAAGCCUGUAGACACCUUUAAGUCUGAGUUAAAUUCUAGUAGAGAUCAGAGAGCUGAAACUGAGAACAAAACUGCCAGAAAAUCCUAACUUAAUUUUGGAGGUAGCUUUUGGGAUUUACCAGACUGCAGAACAUUAAUUGCUUCAAAUUGCAGAAGGAAAAGAAAGAAUCUCUUAAUGAUGGGUGAUGUCAGUUUUGGUGACUUGACGUGCAGGAUUGAUAACCUUGCAUUGUCAUUACAGUGAGCUGAGUAAGCAAACUGCAGACCCAUUGGAAGAUUGAAAAGCAAAGUUAAAUCUCUCAACAAAGAGUCUGCAAAAUGCAGACAAGGCGAAUUUAUGUGAAAGUUGGCACAUGGGGAAGGCUGAUGCUUAAAAUGCUACCCUUCAUUUGGGCAGAGCUGCUGUGCAAGAAGUGGAACUGUUUUACAAAAGCCCAUCAAAAGGGACCAGAAUUUUUUUUUAAAAAGCAGAGCAUGUGUGUAGUCUUCUGUGCAAUGAAGAAGAGGUGAAGAGGGGUUUUUCUUCUCUUAAAUGGCUCCUAAGGCUACAUCCAGUUGUUUGUAGUAUUGCCUUGAAUGUGAGCAGUGCUCGGGUUAUGUGUGUAUCUGUGGCCAGGCGUAGCACCGGAUGUGUUUGAAAGCAAAACCCGGCCCUGUGGCCACAGGCAAAGUGCAGAUUAGACAGAGGUUAAAUUGCUCAUAUUUCUGGGUAGGCAUAAAAAUAGCACAAGAUUACCUCUCCCUCCCUCUCCCUCUUCAGGCUAAUGGUUCUGGAAAGAAGUGAGCUGCAUGGUCUCACUGGCAAUGACCAUGCGACCCUCUGGGACAGAGGCUGUUUUCCAAAGACACCAGCGUACCUGCACAGCUGGUGUAGGUCAGUGAGUGAAUUGAGCUGGGUUCUGCCUCCCGUGGGGCUGUUUGUGUAUCUCAUCAGUAAGGCUGGCUGCUUGGGUCAGAAACAGCUGGGGUCUGAGGGGGGAGGGAUGGGGAGUGCCAGUCCAGAGAAGGAACUGCAUGAAGUGUAGAAUGGGAAUGGAAAAGCUCAUUUUCUAGCAAACAGGUAAAUAAGCAAAUGCUAACAAGAGUUGUUUGAUGUUAAACAUAGCCAAGAAAGCUUGGGGCAAAGGAGAUGCUGGCACUGUGCAUCUAAAGGUGUUAAAAAAAAAAUCAUCUUUGGAUUUGUGCGCCAGUGGUGAAGGAGUUUGCAUGUGCUUGGAACCCCUUGUCCCUCCCUAAUUUUUGCAGUUUCCUCUCUGCAAAAGAAGCAUUAUUAAAGUGCAUGACUGCAAAAAUACAACCUUAUGGGGGAGGGAGAGAACAGGAUAUUUUGGAAGCAUGGGAGCUAAAUGUCUGCAAAAGUUUAUUUUUGCUAUACUAAUUUUCAAGACACCUGCAACUGGAAAAAAGUCAAGAUUAUCCAGAAGUUUUAAAAAGCUGGGGACUUGAAUUCAGACAUAGGCUUGGCACUGCUAAAAUAGCCCUUUUGGAAGUGAAACUGUUUGCUGUGAUUCUAUAGGUCUGAGCUUUAUACUGAGCACCUGGUGAUAGUGUUUAAGGAAAUUCACGAUCCCUGUAAAAAGGCAAAAUAUAAUACAGUAACAGGUUACAUGGGGUGGAGCAUUUGCUGUUGCAUGAAUGAACGUAUAUCUGCGUGUUGUGCAUGGUGGCAAGUGUGAGUGCAAAAGGCAGUGAUGAGUCGGGUUGCUGUUGUGGCAAGUCCUCACUACAGAGGUGUGAAUUUCCCAGGCAUUUAGGAGGCAUCUUCACCUCCUUCACCCCUGCAGAAGGAGGAAGUGCAAUACGUGCGAUGUCUCCGAGUGGUGAGACAGCAGCCUGCUGAGGAGUCUCUGGGCCACAGCCUCUGUUUGCAGCAGCACUGUGAGACCUAUUUACUCGUUGACAAAGUAGAUUUUCUAGCAAACAUUGAGACUUGCCAGCAAAUGCUGCUGCUGAUCUCAGUAGUUUUGCCCCCGUUGGAAGAGGGAGGGCCGGAAGGGCAGUCUUCGCUCAGACCCUCCAGCUGAAACGGGGUUGGUGCCUCCCAGGACAAAGGUUCCUAGCACGGGAGGAAAGUGCUGGCUCUUUUUGUUUCUCUUUUCUGCUGGCAUUAAAAUUACCUGUUACGCUGCCAUCCCAUCUGUAAAGACCCAAGAAGACUUCUUUUGGCCACCACAUAAGAACAUUGUGAGAAGAGCACUGAAGGAUGCCCAGAGGAGCAAGGCAGGAUGGAUGGUGACAGCUCCACAACAGAUGCUUCUCAGUUAGGAAUUGCUGGAGAUUACAUUGGUAGCACUCACUAUGUGAUACCACCUCAUGAUGACACAGAGGAUGGCAUGAAUGAUCAUGAAGACACAAAUGGCUCAAAAGAGAGUUUUAGAGAGCAAGAUAUCUAUCUUCCAAUUGCAAAUGUGGCAAGGAUAAUGAAAAAUGCCAUACCCCAAACAGGAAAGAUUGCUAAGGAUGCAAAGGAAUGCGUGCAAGAGUGUGUAAGUGAAUUCAUCAGCUUUAUAACGUCAGAAGCAAGUGAGAGGUGUCACCAAGAGAAAAGAAAAACCAUCAAUGGAGAGGAUAUUCUGUUUGCCAUGUCUACCUUGGGGUUUGAUAGCUAUGUUGAACCUCUGAAGUUAUACCUCCAGAAAUUCAGAGAGGCAAUGAAAGGAGAAAAGGGAAUUGGGGGAACAGUUACAGCUGGAGAUGGUCUAAGUGAGGAGCUCACAGAGGAAGCAUUUACUAACCAGUUGCCAGCUGGCUUAAUAACUGCAGACGGCCAACAGCAGAACGUUAUGGUCUACACAACAUCGUACCAACAGAUCUCCGGCGUUCAACAAAUUCAGUUCUCAUGAUUUCAAGAAAGCUUUGUAUCUGGGAACACAAGACGGAAAAGCUGUGGAACUCUAACGAAGAGGCAGUUUUAAUGACUGCUGAAGAGAUUUAUCUCUUUGUAUAUUAAAUAGCUGUAAUGUAGCUACCUGAAGCUUGACUAAUUAAGGUGUGAGUUCCGACUCCAAUCUUUUUUCAUGAUGAUUUAAAAAAAAAUUGGAUUUUAAAGGUAUUAAAGUAUUUUUGUUUUGUACAAGAGUUUGUUGCUCUGUAUAACUCCUGUAUGCAUUGUAUAUUGCAAUUUAUUACUGUCAGAGAUUUGUAGACAGUUUCUUAUUUUCAUAUUGAAUCACAUUACUUUUGUAAUUCAGGUAAACAGCUGGGUUAAUUCAUGUUUACCCUUUGAAUAAAAUUGUAAGGGUAAAGUUCA